UCGUUUCAUCCCGGCCUCGUGGGGCUCUUAUAAGCCACGGCGGCUGAGUAGAGCCCGUGUCUGACUUUCUUUUGCUGAAACAGCAGAGGGUGCCACCAGUGCUAGCUCAAUUCCAGACAGCGCCAUGUCUUCGAGAAUUGUCCUGCUCUGCUUGCUCAUCUUGUCGGUGGUUGUCCUCAUCAACGCACAACACAGGCCUGACACGAUUAGAGUACCACCACAACGCAUCGACCUGCCCAAAGCUCCACAACCACCAAGGACUCGGAUCGAUGUGCAAGGAGGCGGCUCCGGGUCCCAGCAUAGCGUGAGCGGCAGCAUCCACCACGAUAUUUACCGACCCAACCGUGGACCCACCAUCUCCAUCUGGGGAGAGGGUUCCCACCAGAGGCACCCAGCCACUGGCAGCCACGGCCAGGGUCAAGUGGGAGUCGGCGUCAAGAUCCCCUUAGGAGGACGCCACCGCGGAUAAACGUCUGCGUAUUGUCACUUGCGUGCCAUUCAUCCUCGAAAUACACAUGUCUUCAUCAACCUAAAGCAUUGUUCACCUCUUUCAUUCAUUCUUCAUAAUACUUCGAUGACUUGAAACCUUCAACUCAUCGAUAUGGAAAGUCCGCCUCGGUGCAUCAGUGGCUAUAUAGUGCUCGGAUGCUGAUCCAAAGGUUUCAUGUUCGAUCUCGGGAGUGGUAGUCGCAUUUUGAUGGAGGUGAAGAGGUAGAGGCUCAUAUACAGGUGUGAUGUCAGUGUACGUUGAAAAUACCAGAUGGCCCGAAUUUCCGGAGCCCUCUACUACGCCGUCUUUAUUCAUAUCAUGGUUUGGGAACGUAAAACAGCAUUUGUAAAAUAAUUGACUUGAAACGAACACGCAUGCAAUGAAGCGCCAGGCCCUAACCACCACUUAGCCUUCAGGCUACCCACGCAAAGUCUCUAUCUAAGCGUUCUCUCCGUCAUUGAAGGAGCGCACCAUAUGAAACAAAUUCUCGAGAUGCACGGCUUUCGAGGUGAACAAACCCAUAACACUAACAUUUUGACACGCUAUGUACACAAUUGGGUACACCACUAGUUCUUCCUGUUUGUAUAAACUAGACGCUAAAAAAGAGCAAGAUAUAUCGUACUAUGGAUGAAAUAAAUCUCCUACAUAA